AUGGCCCGCGCCUUCGCUCUUGGUAUCGUCGCGUCCGCCGCCAUUGCCGCGACUACCCCUCUCUCGAUCUUGCAAAACCGUGUCCGGCUCACCGACAAGCUUCACCAGUUCAAAGACGCGUCAACUAAAGUGAACUGGUACGACGAACAAACUUUGGACCACACGGAUGCGUCCAACGGCAAGGUGUGGAAGCAACCCUACUACUUCAACGACCAGUACUAUGGAGGUGCGGGCUCCCCAGUGUUCCUCCACAUCGACGGGACAGAUCCAAUGGCGGCUUUGGCGGUGACGACGCCUCAGCUGUUUAUGAAUGAGCUGGCCAAGAAGCACAAGGCGCUGAUGGUGUCGUUGGGGCACCGUUUCUACGGCAAGUCGCAGCCACUUGCCGACUUAAGCUUGGCUAGCCUCAAGUUCCUCAGUGCCGAUCAAGCGUUGGGAGACUUGGUGAAAUUCCAAGACUUCUUCAAGACCAAGCAAAACCUCACGGCCAGUAGCAAGUGGGUGGCGUUUGGGUCGAGUUACCCGGGAAUGUUGGCUGCCUGGCUCAAGCUGAAGUACUCGUCGCGCUUUGCGGGCGCCGUGGCCAGUUCGGCCCCCCUCCACACCAAAAUUGACAUGUUCGAGUUCGGCGACACUGUCAGCGAAGGGCUUCAGUACUUUGGCGGGGAUGCGUGUGUGAACACGAUCACGAAGGCCAUGACUGAGGUGCAUCGCCUGGUGGCCAGCACCAAGGCGGAAGACGCUGACACGUUGACGACCCUGUUCAACCCGUGCUCCGAAUUCAAGAACGACGACGAUCGCGCUUUGUUUGAGCUGGCUAUCUUUAAUCCGUUCCGAGGCCCGGCCCAAGACAACGACUUCGCCGACACGAACCUCGCAUCCGUCUGCGAGUCAUUUGCAUCGCUUCCGGGCACCCCCGUGGAAAAACUGUCCAAGUUUAUCGGCAACACGGGCGGCGACAAGUGCACGUCAAGCGCGUGGGAAAAGAACGUGGAGAGCGUCAUUGACGAGGCGAUCGGGGAUCACUCGGUGAACCGCGCGUGGCUCUACCAAACGUGCACCGAAUUUGGCUUCGCCCAGACCACCGCCACUGGCCACGGCGCCUUCGCUCCCCUCAAGUACGCCACGGUGGACUCCAUCCACACCAAGAGAUGCGCGGCCGUGUUCAACAUCACCGACAACGACACCCGCGUUGCAGCGACCUUAAAGACUUACGGCGGACUCAAGAUCAACGUCGAAAAUGUGAUCUUUCCCAUCGGUACCAUCGAUCCUUGGAAUGGAUUGGCGUUAAACAACAAAUCUGGCAUCGUCAACCCCAAGUCCGAAGUAGUCGAAAUCCUCGGCGCGUCCCACCACAGCGACAUUAUCUCCUCCCGUCCGUCGGACAGUGUCCACCUCGCGUGGGCCCACCAACGCAUUGAAAGCGCCGUCGACAGAUUCCUUCGCCAUCAAAGUACUAGAAAGGGAUGGUAAUACUACCUACAAGAAGUGGGUGUUUUAAUGUAUCUCCACCAUGCUGUAGCC